AUGCGAGGAGAUGAGGAGAUGAAAAAGAAGAUCUCCAACGUGGUUUUGGACAUCUUGAACACCGCCGACAUGGAAAAGACCACCGAGUUCAAGGUGCGCAGCGGAGAUGAGGAGAUGAAAAAGAAGAUCCCCGACGUGGUUUUGGACAUCUUGAACACCGCCGACAUAAAGAAGACCAUCGAGUUCAAGGUCCGUACCGCAGCCAUCGAACACCUCGGCAUCGACCUUUCCCAUCCUGAUAGCAAGCGCUUUCUUUCCAACAAGAGGAUGGUGACAUUGCCGGAGUUUCGAGGGAAGACGCUGGUUUCGAUCAGGGAGUACUUUGAGAAGAAUGGGAAACAAUUUCGACCUCCAAAA